AUGAAUAGAAUCUUAUUAUUCAAUCAAAAUAGUAGUAGUAAGACUCUAUUUAAUGUAAAUAAAUUGAAUUCAAAUUAUAAAAGUUUAUAUAAUUUCAAUAGUAUUAAUAAUAAUAAUACAACAUGUAAAUUUAAUAAUAGAAUAAAUAAUAAUGUAGUUGUAGGUCAAUCAAUCAUUAGACAUUAUUCAAAAAAGAAUGAUAAAACAAGUACACCAAUGAGAAUAGAUGAUAUUUCAACUAUCAGUUCUGAAGCUGUAGAAGCAUUAUCAAAGAUUGAUAAACAAUCUAAAAAAGAUAAAGAUAUGCCAAUUAAUAAUGAAGUAUUGAUAUAUCCAUCACAAUCGAUUCAUUUCAUUGGAUCAAAGGGACCUAUUCAUCUAUCGAGUCAAUUCACAAAUAUGUUGAUACCCAAUGCCUCUGGUAAGAUAUUUGUUGGACUGUUUUUGAUUAAAGAUGAAUUCCGUGGUGUCGUACAAGCAGAUUCGCCAUUAGAUCACAAAACCAUUGAAAAAGUACAUCCAGUCGGUGUCUUGGCACAGAUCUCUUCCACGGCAUUUGGAUAUCACUAUUUCGAAGUGAAACAACGUAUCAAGCUAUCGGACAGCAAAGAAUCACUACAAAGUCAAUCAUCAAAGAGAUUAAAUUAUUUCUUUAAAAUCGAUGAAUUUCCACCACAAUCAAUUCAAGAUGAAGAAGAACAAUCUAGAAUCGAUGCUAAAAUGUUACAGAUUGGAAUAUUGAUAAAGAGAUAUAAUAAGAUGUAUCCAGAGUGUUACAAGAGUAAUCCAUCGUUGGACUAUGAUAAACAUAUCGCUACCAUCAAGGAUCCAGAGAUAUUCAUAUCAUCGAUUAUCAACUACUAUGGUUUGAACUAUCCAACUCAAUGUCAAGAGAUUUUAGAGAAACCUUCGAUAUUAGAUCGUUUAGAUUUAAUUUACAACAUAUUAAAGAAUGAAGAGAGUUUAUUAGAACAACAACAAAAGAUAUUUAGUGACUUGGAGAGUGAAAAAGUAAAUACACAGAAAAAGUUAUUCUUAAAUGAACAAUUGAAAUCUAUAAAGAAACAAUUGGGUGUUGAAUUCGAUGAGAAGGAACAGGUCGUACAGAAAUACUUAAAGAGAUUAGCAAAGUUAAAUGUACCAGAGGGUCCAAAGAAAGUUAUUGAAGAUGAAAUUAAUUGGAGAGAUAGAUUAACAUAUCCUUCUUCAUUGGAAUAUAAUACUUGUAGAAAUUAUUUGGAUUGGUUAACCAAUUUACCGUGGGGACUAUACUCACCAGAGUUUUUCGAUUUAAAGUAUUCAAAGGAAACAUUGGAUCAGGAUCACUAUGGACUUACCAAUAUUAAACAGCGUAUAUUAGAGUUUAUAUCGGUCGGUCAUAUCAAGGGAUCGGUACAAGGUAAGAUCAUAUGCUUUGUUGGUCCACCCGGUACCGGUAAGACAUCGAUUGGUAAAUCGAUUGCCAAGUGUCUGAAACGUCAGUUCUUUAGAUUCUCUGUCGGUGGUUUGUUUGAUGAAGGUGAGAUUAAAGGUCAUCGACGUACCUACAUUGGUUCAAUGCCAGGUAAACUGAUACAAUGUAUGAAAUUAGUACAAACUUCAAAUCCUGUUAUAUUAAUUGAUGAAGAACAAACAAAUCUAAAAGUUAUGAUCAUAUUAAUUGUUGUCUAUUCUAUUUUCAUCAAAGAAAUUGAUAAGAUUGGAAAGAGAAAUUUAGGUGAUCCAUCAUCUGCAUUGUUGGAAGUAUUGGAUCCAGAACAAAACUCAUCGUUUGUCGAUCACUAUUUGGAUGUACCCUAUGAUUUAUCAAGAGUAUUGUUUAUUUGUACUGCCAACUCUGAUCAAACAAUUCCAGGUCCAUUGUUUGAUCGUAUGGAAGUUAUUUAUCUGUCUGGAUACGUCGAGGAAGAACAAAUUCAAAUCGUAAAGAACUUUGUUAUUCCAAAGACAUUAAAUGAAUGUGGAAUUAAACCUGUAAAUGAAGUUAUAAAACUUUUAGUUAAAUUCUAUAGUCGUGAAGUUGGUAUAAGAGAGUUGGAACGUUUAGUCGAAAAGAUUGCAAGAAAAUCGGCAUUGGAGUUGGUCAAUGGAUCACCAGAUAUCGUUGUAGAUACAGAGAAUCUUGAAGACUACCUGGGAAUACCAUCGUAUACUUCAGAUCGUUACUAUGACGUUACUCCAAUCGGUGUUGUCAAUGGUCUUGCCUGGUCACAGAGAGGUGGAUCUACACUCUACAUCGAGACAAUCGCUGAAAAGACACACGGAUCGCCAAGACUUAGAACCACCGGUAAACUUGGUGAUGUAAUGACUGAGAGUACAAACAUUGCCUAUACCUAUGCAAAGAAUUUCCUCUAUGAAAUAGAUCCAGAGAAUAAGUUCUUUGAAAAUUAUUCAUUACAUAUGCAUGCACCACAAGGUAGUAUACCAAAGGAUGGACCAUCGGCAGGUGUGACAAUGGUGACAUCUUUGUUGUCGGUUGCAAUGAAUGAACCGGUCGUUAAUAACCUUGGUAUGACAGGUGAGGUUACCAUCACCGGUAAGGUGUUUACCAUAGGUGGUGUGAAAGAGAAGACUAUAGCUGCAAAGAGAUCUGGUCUAUCUGCUAUUGUUAUACCACUGAACAACAAGAUCGACUAUGAAGAACUACCAGACUACAUUAGAAAUGGUAUCGAUGUCAAAUUCGCUUCAGAGUACCGUGAUGUCUUUGAAAUUGCAUUCCCAAACAAAGUUCAUCUACUACCACCUAGAAAUCAAACAAUAGAUUCUACUAUUAACUAUGAAAAAUCAUCAUCAUCAUCAGAAACAACAAACGAAACACAACAACAACAACAACAACAAACUACAAAGAUGGAAUCAUCAACUACAUAUGCCAAUGGUAAUCCAUUUAACAAUCUACCUAGACUUAGUAAGACUAUUGCAGGUGUAUUAGCAUUCUUUUUGUUUAUAGGUGUAUUCUUUGGUUCGCAAACUAUUUCUUAUUUAUCAAUUAAUGCAGGGUCUAUUGGACCACCAUAUUUCUUUUUAUGGACACUAUUCACUGCAGGUUUAUAUGAAAUAUAUCUAUUUUCAGGUAUAAUUAAUAUAGUUUUCUUACUUUUAUUGGGUAAAUACUUGGAACCAGUAUGGGGCUCAACUGAAUUCUUAAAGUUUAUAAUGGUUGUCAAUGUAUUGUCUGGUGUAGGAACAUUCUUUUUAUUUACGUUCCUCUUUAUGUUUAGCGGUAACCCAAUGUUUUUAUAUGCAACAAACAUUUGUGGAUUUUCAGGUAUAAUUACAGCAUUCACAGUCGCAUUGAAACAAUUGAUACCAGAACAAGAGAUCACAUUUUUGUUUUCCACAAUAAGAGUAAAGUAUUUGGCAUCGAUAUCGAUUGCCAUUAGUGUAGUACUCACACUUCUCGGUCUCUCAUCUGGACAUACCUUACCAUUUAUUAUCUUUGGUGCAUACUUUGGAUGGUUCUACUUGAGAUUCUACCAAUUAAAAGGUGGUGUCAAAGGUGAUAGAAGUGAAUCAUUCGCAUUCUCAACAUUUUUCCCUGAUCCAAUUCAACCACCAAUUCAAUUUGUUUCAAAUAUAUUUUACAAGAUUGCUACCAAAUUAAAGUUGGUUUCAGCACACAGUGGAACAUCGAUUCUACCAUCAUAUAAUACUGGUCAAGGUUUCCAAGCAUCGAGUGGAACAACAACAGCAGGUGGUGCACCUGUAACAUCAGUAGAUGUAGACAGAAGAAGAGCUCUCGCAAUGAAAGCAUUGGAACAAAGAAUGGAAGCUCAACAACAACAACCUCAAAAUACUACUACUUCAUCACCAACCAACCCUACAACUCAAAUUAAACCAAUCGAACAAAUAUAA